UUUUCUUUGGGUUGAAGUCUUCGUAGUUUGUACAAAUAUCUCAUUGCCCGAGAGAGAGAGAGAGAGAGAGAGACAGCGAGCGUCUUGGAGAGUUCGAGGUGGGAGAUUUUUGUGAGAGUGAAAAAUAAAGGACAGCUUUUACAGUUUUGUGCAUCCAUGGCCGACCACUCCGAUGAUUUAGACCAACUCCUGGAUAGUGCUUUGGAUGACUUCGAAAUUCUCGACCUCAAUCCUUCCCUUCAAAGAAAUAAAGAUGCUACAGAGACCAAGCAAGAUGAGCCACCCACUUUACCCUCCGGGAUUCAAGGACUGGGCAUGGGUUUGCCCGACCUGAGAAGCAAGAAAAAAGGGAAGCAAAAGGUUUCCAAGGAUUCUCAUGUUUCUGAGGCGCUUGACAAGCUCAGAGAGCAGACUAUGGAGGCUGUUAAAGGACUUGAAUCGGUGACUGGUGCUAAACCCGGCGGAGAUGAUUUGGGCAGUGAUGCUAUGAUGGAGGAUUGGGUCAAGCAAUUUGAAGAGCUUACUGGGUCUCAGGACAUGGAAUCUAUUGUUGAGACCAUGAUGCAACAGCUUUUGUCCAAGGAGAUUCUUCAAGAACCAAUGAAGGAAAUUGGAGAAAGAUAUCCAAAGUGGUUGGAAGAUCAUAAAGCCAGCUUGAGUGCAGAAGAAUAUGAACGUUAUUCUCGCCAAUAUAAACUCAUAAAAGAUCUAAAUGAAGUUUACGAAAAUGAUCCUAGUAACUUCAACAGGGUUGUUGAGCUGAUGCAGAAAAUGCAGGAAUGUGGACAGCCUCCAAACGAUAUUGUCCAAGAGCUUGCUCCUGAUUUUGAUCUAGCUAAUCUUGGACAGAUAUCUCCAGAGAUGCUCGACUCCCAGUCAAAUUGUUCCAUAAUGUGAGGAAAUGUCUCCAGUGGCAUGUCCCCCCAACCCCAGGCUGUUCGGUUAUACGGUGGAUAUUGUUAUUUGUUGAAUAUUUGUAGGAAAUAAAUUGUUUUAUGCUCCAAGAACUAGAUGAUGAUGAUGAAGAAGAUGAGUUCCGCAAUUUCAGAGCUUCAGUGUUGGGUUCAUUUCAAGCUUUGUACCUGAUCUGACGUUGUGUCCCGAGUCAAAUUGUGGCUUUUGUGGGUGCUAAGUUCAGCAAUUUGCUUGUGAGGACAUUA